UCAGGUUACAACGAACAAGGAUGCGACCUUUGAUAUUAAUGUGGAGUCUGGUCAUCAAAAGAAAAGAAAAAAGACAAAGAAGAAGAAAGACGAGAAAAAGGACAAACAGGAAGGAGAAUUAUCGACUGACAAAAUUGAAGAUACGACAAAUACUGCAGAUGAGACGGUCAGCAACGAUAUACCAACAACACCAACAACAUGUAACUUAGAAGAGGAGUCAUUUACGCAUAAGAAAGAAGAAAAACAGAAAUCAGAAUUGGACGUACCUUUAGAACGCGUUGAGGGAAUGUCUGGCGGUGAAAAAGGCGAGGCAAAUGUUGUUGAUCAGGUUACAACGAACAAGGAUGCGACCUUUGAUAUUAAUGUGAAGUCUGGUCAUCAAAAGAAAAGAAAAAAGGCAAAGAAGAAGAAAGACGAGAAAAAGGACAAACAAGAAGGAGAAUUAUCGACUGACAAAAUUGAAGAUACGACAAAUACUGCACAUGAAACGGUCUGCAACGAUAUACCAACAACAUGUAACUUAGAAGAGAAGUCAUUUACGCAUAAGAAAGCAGAAAAAAAACAGAAACUAGGAGGGGACACACAGUUAGAAGCCGUAGAGCGAAUAUCUGGGAGCGAAAAAGGCGAGGCAAGUGAUGUUGAUCGUACCAAAGCGAAUAAAGAUGCAUCUGGCGAUCACAGGAAAAGAAAAAAAUCAAGAAAACCAGAAAAGGAAAACGGCCAACAAGGAGAAAUAUCCGUUAAAGAAAUUUUAUAUGAAACUGGGGCUGCAGGGAGGGUGAUCUGCAACGAUAUGCCAUCAUGUGAAUUAGAUGAAGGAUCAGUUAAGAAUAAGGAGAAGAUAAAACAAAAGAAACAGAAAUCUGAAGCCGAUACGCCAUUAGAAAACGUGGAUCAAAUGCCUGACGGUGAAAAAGAUGGUGCCAUUGAGAAAAGAAACGAAGUUAAAUCGAACAAAGAUACAUCAGCAGAGACUUUUGAUCUUAAUGAGAGUCAUCAUAAGAAAAGGAAAAAGGCAAAGAAGCAGAAAAAAGAGAAGAGAGACCAGCGGGAAGGAGAAUCCACCCUUGAGAAAAUUGGAAAUACAACAUAUACUGAAGAGGGAAAUGUCAGCAACGAUGUACCACCAUGCACCUUAGAAAAGGAGUCACUUAAGAAUACCAAAAAUACAAGUCAGAUGCUUGAAGGAGACAAAAGUAGACCGUUAAAAGUCACAAAGCUGGUGUCUAGUGGUGAAAAAGGCGAGGCGAGUGCAGACAUAACGUUAGAAGUCGCAAAUCGAACGUCUGGCGUGGGAUAUGAUGGAGAUGAAGGCGAUGAUCAAGUUACAGCGACCAAGGAUACAUCGAUGAAGAGCUUAAAUCGUAUAGAGGGGUCUGACAGUCACAAGAAAAGAAAGAAAGAAAAAAAGCAGGAAGAGAAGAAAGAACAGAAAGGAGAAAUAUCCGGUAAAGAAGUUCUACAUGCGAUAGUGACUCCAAGUGAAAUGGCCUGCAGCGAUAUAACACCGUGUGAUUUAGACGAAAAGUCGAUUAAGCAUAAGAAAAAGAAAAAACAAAAGAGUCGGAAAUCUGAAGUGGAUCUGCCAUUAGACAACGUAGAUCCAGUAUCUGCAGGUAAAAAGGGUGAUGCAAGUGAAAAUAACGAUCAAGUUAAAACGAAUAAGGAUACGUCUACAAAGACCUUCGAUCUUCCCGAUGAGGCCGAUAAGAAAAGGAAAAAGGAGAAGAAGCAAACGGACGAGAAAAGGGAGAAGCUGGAAGGAAAUUUGUCGACUGACGGUGAAAAGAAAUCUCCCUCAUCAGAAGAGGUAAAAGUGAAAAGUGAAGGUGAUGAAAUGUCCCCUAGCAUUCUUGCCUCUAUUCAUGAUUCGGCUAGUGGACAAAAAACAAAAAAGAUGAAGAAACGAAAAUGUGAAAGUGAUAUAUUGCUUGAAGAAACUGAAAAUCAUGCUCAAAGCGAGGAGAGUCAUGAGAAAAAGAAGAAAAGAAAAAAAACGAAACACAAAGAUUCCCUUUCAGAAACCGUAAAGGGAAAAGUCGAAGGCAAAGAAGAAGACGAUAGAGAUGCACAGUGUGGUGUAACUGAGGAGUCGGGUAGUAAAGGGAAAACAGGAAGAGUUGAAAAACGGAAGCCAGAAACUGAAUUAUUGCCUGAAAAAUUAGUAGAAGAAACUGAGGGCAAGUGUAGGCAAGCCAGUACUAAUGUCGAUGUUGAUAUUGUUAAUAGAGAUCUGAUCGGUAAAACCAGCAAUGCCGGGGCUCCGAUCGCUGCGAUAAACACCUCCGGGUGGUAG